AUGCCUGGAGAUGAAGAACAACCUCGUAAUUUCGGAAACGAAAUUGAUUAUCUCUCAGACAAUGUAAACAAACUUACUACAUCAGUGGGUAAGAUUUUAGAGCGUUUUGAUGGGUUGGACACACGUAUGGAACAAGUUAAUAUUAGUGUGGGAGAAUUGAGGCGUAGCGGCAGCGACGAUAAUGGUGGUCGGGUGCGUCGAAACUUUAAUCAUAUUCAUGGGGAGCAAGAAAAUAGUAGGCGACGAGAGGACAAAAUUAAACUCACAGAUUUACCCGAAUUUGAUGGUAGUGCAGACCCUGAAGUACAUUAUGAGUGGGAACGUCGUAUUGAGCGAAUAUUUGAUUUUAAGGACCUUGAUGAUCAAAGAAGGUUUAAGUAUGCUACCUUAAAGUUGUCUCGAUAUGCAUCCUUAUGGUAUGAGAGCAUGAAAAGGGCUCGGGAUAAAGAAGGGAAGGAGAAGCUUCAAUCUUGGGCAAAAUUAAAGAAAACGUUGAGAAUGCGGUUCGUACCAAAAACUUAUAAACAAGACCUUUUUAGACUGCUUGAUACAUUACAACAAGGUGGGUUGUCCAUCGAGCAAUACACUAAGAAGUUUGAUAAUCUUAGCUUAGCUUGUGAUAUUGAAGAAGGUGAAGAGCAACGUAUGAGCAGGUUCUUGCGUGGUCUUAAUAUUGAUAUAGCCAAUGUAGUGGAAUUGCAACAAUUUUGGACAUAUGAUGAGCUUAGUUCUUUGGCUUUAAAAAUUGAGAAGCAACUACGUGGCACUAAAUGCCAAGGGGUCGGACAUUAUGCACGUGAGUGUCCCAAUAAACGUGUAAUGACAAUGGAGGAUUGGCAUGAGGCUACAAAUUAUGCAUUGACCAUAGCUUCACAGAGGGAUAAAGUACAACAAGUAAAUGAUGAGGUGUUAGUGGAAACCGAAGACGAGGAAGAGAAUAUUGGAGAGCAUAUAUAUGGGGGUGAUAGUGAUGUUAGUAUGGUGCUCCGAAGGACUCUACAUUCUCAAUCGGUGACGGAGGAAAACGAGCAACGUGAACUCAUAUUUCAUUCAAAAUGUUUGAUUGGUGGCAAAAAGAGGAGUUUGAUUAUUGACAAUGGGAGUUGUACGAAUGUUGUAGCACUCUCUUUGGUGGACAAAUUGAAGCUUCCUACUAAACCACACCCUCGACCCUACAAGUUGCAGUGGCUCAACAAUGGUAAUGAGGUAAAAGUAAAUAAGCAAGCAUUAAUUUCUUUUAGCAUGGGGUCAUAUGUUGAUAAUGUGCUUUGUGAUGUUGUUCCUAUGGAUGCAUGUCAAUUAUUAUUGGGUAGACCUUGGAUGUUUGAUAGGGAGGUGUCGUACCUUGGGAAACAAAAUGUUUAUUCUCUUUUGUUUACCAAGAAAAAAAUAAUUUUAGAACCUUUGACCAGAGAACAAAUACACAAACUCCAUAAAAAGCCCAAAAAAGAGAAUAUGUUUGCCACUGAAGGUGAAGUUUUGAGGGAAAUUGGAGACGGCAGUAAGUUGUAUAUUAUCUUAAUGAAAGAAAUGGAGUCAAAAGAAGGGGAUAACACCUCAAAUCCCUUCUUAAAACCUUUAUUAGAAGAGUAUAAGGAUGUGUUUCCUAUUGAUUUACCUCAUGGCUUACCUCCAUUACGUGGGAUUGAACAUCAAAUUGACCUUAUUCCUGGUUCUCAACUUCCUAACAAACCAGCCUAUAGGUGCAAUCCCGAGGAGACUAAAGAAUUACAAAGACAAAUUGAAGAGUUGAUGGGGAGAGGUUAUGUGAGAGAGAGUAUAAUUCCAUGUGCAGUUCCUGCAUUAUUAGUGCCAAAAAAAGAUGGUACAUGGCGUAUGUGCAUUGAUAGUAGGGCGGUAAAUAAUAUAACGUACUAUUAA